GUCCAAAAAGUUUUUUAGCUUCAUAGAGAGCUGUUUGGUGAAGAACUACACGCAGCGUCCUCCAACCGACCAGCUGCUGAAGCAUCCCUUCAUUCGUGACCAGCCCAAUGAGAGGCAAGUUAGGAUACAGCUCAAAGACCACAUCGACCGGACCAAGAAGAAGAGGGGGGAAAAAGAUGAAACGGAGUACGAGUACAGCGGCAGUGAAGAUGAGGAAGAGGAUCCUCCAGAGCAGGAAGGAGAGCCCAGCUCGAUCGUCAACGUGCCAGGAGAGUCGACUCUGCGCCGCGACUUCAUCCGCCUUCAGCAGGAGAACAAGGAGCGUUCAGAGGCGCUCCGUCACCAGCAGCUCCUUCAGGAGCAGCAGCUCCGCGAGCAGGAGGAGUACAAGCGUCAACUGCUGGCUGAAAGACAGAAACGCAUCGAACAACAGAAGGAACAGAGGAGGAGGCUGGAAGAGCAACAGAGGCGCGAACGGGAGAUGAGGAGGCAACAAGAGCGCGAGCAGCGGCGGAGGGAGCAAGAGGAGAAGAGGCGUAUGGAGGAGAUGGAACGCAGACGCAAAGAGGAGGAGGAACGGCGGCGAGCCGAGGAGGAGAAGAGACGGAAUGACCGUGAGCAGGAGUACAUCAGGCGUCAGCUGGAGGAGGAGCAGCGACACCUGGAGAAGCUGCAGGAGCAGCUGCUUCGAGAACAGGCCAUGCUGCUGGCUGACGAGCGUUUCCGUAAGAACAUUCAGGGCUCCCCACAGUCUGCCCCUCCUUCUAAGCAGCCCCCUCUGCCUCCCCGCUCCUCUGAACCUUUCUCCAAUGGGGGCCCCGCCUCGGAGGCCUCCGCCAUGCACCGCCCCAUGGAGCCUCAGGUCCAGUGGUCCCACCUGGCUGCUCUAAAGAGCAGCAACAAUGCAGCCCCCUCUCCUCCUCCUCCGCCUGUGGUCUCUCGCUCCCAGUCCUUCAGCGAGUCUGGUGGUGUGAACUCUAGCUUUGCACAACUUCACCUGCGGUCCCAGGACCCCCACCAUCAUCAUCACCCAUUGCCUGCACGCCCCGACCCCCAACCUCCCCUCCACCACCCUCAGGCUCAGACCAGGCUUGAACGCCAGACCAGCAGUGAGGAGGUCCCUCCUAAGGUACCAGUGAGGACUACAUCCAGGUCUCCUGUGCUGUCACGCCGAGAGUCACCUCUACCAUCACAGCCCAACAACCAGAGGAGUGCAGGCAGUAGUGUGGAGCAGCGCCCCCUGUGGGACAGAGUGGAGAAACUGCAGUCUAGGCCAGGCAGUGGCAGCUCCUCUGGAUCUAAUGCCAGCUCCCAGGCCAGUCCAGGCGACCGCUUCAGGCCACGUUGUGAGUCACCUGCUUCCUCUAAAUCGGAAGGAUCGCCUCUCCAGCGUCCAGAAAACAUCCUAAAAAAAACAGAUGAGAAGAACUCCUCCAGACCCACAAGACCCGCUGACCUGGCGGCUCUGGCCAAAGAGCUGCGUGCAGUAGAUGACGUGCGGCCUCCUCACAAGGUGACGGACUACUCCUCGUCGAGCGACGAUUCCGGCACCACUGAUGACGAAGAUGAGGAGGAGGUGGACCAGGAGGCAGGAGAUGAGUCUACCUCAGGGGCUGAGGACUCCAGAGCAGGGAGGCUGAGUAAUGGAGAGACAGAUUCUGCUAAGACCAUGCUGGUGGAGGACCUGGAGAGCGAACAAGCCACCACACCUUCCAAAGAUGGCACCCUGGUCAUCCGACAGAGCACAGCUGACAUAAAGCGGUUGGUCAGUCUCUCAUCUUCCUCCUCUUCCUCGCCUGGCCCUGGCCCAGGGCACGGCCUCCCAGAGAAAAACGGCUUUCCCGGCCACAUUCACCACCUACCAGACCUUAUCCAGCAGAGCCAUCACUCCCCUUCCUCUUCUACAACCAUCCUUUCCUCCAUCUCCAUGUCUCCCUCCUCCUCCUCUUCCUCCUUUCAGUCAUCUUCUAGCCAGGCCAGUCCUGGAAUGUGUCCACAAAUUCCCUUGGAUGAGCUCACUGCCAUAGAGUCCCAGUCAGAGAACAAUUCAAUGUCCAAACACAAGUCCUCUUCGUCAUUCACACCCUUCAUUGACCCCCGUCUUCUUCAGAUAUCUCCAUCCAGUGGCAGCUCCCUGAACAACAUGGCUGGAUUUGGGCAAGAAGGACGCCUCCCAGACCCGCUGAGAGCCGACCCGUCCCGUAAAGGAUCUGUGGUCAACGUCAACCCGGUCAACACACGCCCACCCAGUGACACUCCAGAGAUCCGCAAAUACAAGAAGAGGUUCAACUCUGAGAUCCUGUGUGCAGCACUGUGGGGAGUGAAUCUGCUGGUGGGGACGGAGAGCGGGCUGAUGUUACUGGACAGGAGCGGCCAGGGGAAAGUUUACCCCCUCAUCAACCGGCGCCGUAUCCAGCAGAUGGACGUCCUGGAGGGACUCAAUGUUCUGGUCACCAUAUCAGGUAAAAAGAACAAGCUGCGGGUGUAUUACUUGUCGUGGCUCAGGAAUAAGAUUUUGCACAACGAUCCUGAGGUGGAGAAGAAGCAGGGCUGGGUGAACGUGGGCGACCUUGAGGGCUGCGUCCACUACAAAGUCGUGAAGUAUGAGAGGAUAAAAUUUUUAGUACUGGCUUUGAAGAACUCUGUGGAGGUCUACGCCUGGGCACCCAAACCCUACCAUAAAUUUAUGGCUUUUAAAUCUUUUGGCGACCUGGUGCACAAGCCUCUGCUGGUUGACUUGACUGUGGAGGAAGGUCAGAGGUUAAAGGUCAUCUAUGGCUCCUGCUCAGGCUUCCACGCCGUCGAUGUGGAUUCCGGCGCCGUCUACGACAUCUAUCUGCCCACACAUAUCCAGACCAACAUUCAGUGCCACGCCAUCAUCAUCCUCCCCAACACAGACGGCAUAGAGCUGCUGGUGUGCUACGAGGAUGAGGGAGUCUAUGUGAACACCUAUGGCCGUAUAACCAAGGAUGUGGUGCUACAGUGGGGAGAAAUGCCAACAUCAGUGGCCUACAUUAGGUCAAACCAGAUAAUGGGCUGGGGUGAGAAGGCCAUCGAGAUCCGCUCAGUGGAAACUGGACACCUGGACGGCGUCUUUAUGCACAAAAGAGCUCAGAGACUUAAAUUCCUUUGUGAGAGGAAUGACAAGGUGUUCUUCGCCUCCGUACGUCAAGGCGGUGCCAGCCAGGUGUAUUUCAUGACUCUGGGACGCACCUCCCUAAUGAGCUGGUAGCCAACGCCACGGCAACCGACGACGACCGUAACCUACAACAGAGAGAGUAACACUCCUGAGCCUGACCUGGUGGAGCACCUCAUCCUCGGGGAAACCAGCCUGUUUGGACUGUUUAUGAAAAUGAGGCAGGGAAUGGAUGGAGGCAUGUUAGGUUUGUCCCCCCCUCCCUCCCCUCUUUAGGUCUGUAGUCACCUUGCUGCCCUCCCCUCGUCGUCCUCUGGGGGGGAGUGGUAGUUGUUGAUUUUUGUGUCACGGUAAAGCUUUGCAUCUUGUAUGUAAUUAAAGCGUGUUUCGUCUUGAAGGGACGACAAAAGGCUGUACGCAGCUGACGCUGUAUCAAAAUAAGAAAACUUGAUGUGCCAGAACUCUGUGUAGCUUUCCUUGAAUUUAAAAGAUCUCUCCCCGUCAAGCAUGUCUUUGAAACGACUCCAGUUUCUCCCCCUGAUCUCGGUGCUUGACGUGCGAAUCUGCGUCUUCACUUUGAUGGCCUUAAAGUGAAGAACUCCUAUAAGGACCUUCUUGAUUUUUAUCAGUUUAACACAGGGUACUGGAAAGCAGCUUGUAUAUACUAACUAACUAACUACAGACUUGCGCAGGUUUUCCAGUCACUUUGACCACUUUGCCUCAUCGUGCUGUAACUUAUGUUUGACAGAAUCCCUCUUGAUGACGUCUUGAUGCAGAAUUACCCCGUUUUUUUUAAACACUGUAUAUUUUGUAUGUGACUUGCUGCAUAUAAAUAAACAUCAACAAAGCAGGACGCAUCAGAUGAGCUGUAAAGGAAAAAAAACUAUUUAUCCUUCAAUCUGUCAUAUUCUUAGGGCUCUAACUUUCAUCAACCGUUUGUCAACUCUGCCGUCGUUGGGUUCUGUAUUUUUUUUUCUACUGGAAAUAUAAAAACAUACAAAAGCAAAACACAUCCAGAAAUGUGAGAAACAUUUUUAUUUUACUAUAUUAGUUCCAUGCAGGGCUAAGGGUUAAGCUGUGAAUUAAACACGCAGAAUUGGUGGCAAGACGGGCUGAAAAAAAGGGAAUAAGGAUCGGCUCGUCGCCCAUCUGCACAAUCGGGUCAUUUCACCCGUUUCUGGCUUCAUCUGUAGCUUAAUGGUUGCCUUAGAAGGAUUAGAAUUUGAACCCUGUAGACAUUUGGAUGUUGUGUACCGCUGGAUCACUCUAAACCAGCCACGUCGCCUCAUCUCGGACCUCUUUUAAAUGACGCUCGGUUGAUCGUUUACAUAAUCCUGUCCAGAUGAAAAGGCAUCCGACCCGAACUGAAGGACUUUCCGUAUCCAAAGCCCGCUCUUCACUUCCCUUUCCACAGUUCAGAGUUUGUCCUUGUGCUCAGAUGUCUCGGAGAUGCCUUCAGGUGUUUAUUAGCGGGACAGGAUCAAAGUUAGGUGCUUUAUUUUGUAGUCUUUACCCGAUAAAUCACUCUUUCUCACAGCAGUGUUACAGAACCACUUAGAAUCAUUUUUUACUUUUGUGUCAGCGAUUUAUCUCAGAUAAUUAUACGACUGCAGUGGGUUGUUUUUUUUAUUGUAAUGCACACCUUAUGUUGAAAAUGUUUACAAAAGCAGUUUUUUUUUUAACCAGUGUGCGUCAAUUUGAGUAUUUAUGGUUUAUUUUUAGGGUAGAUCUCCCUCUGUUUUGUAUUUUGUAACCCUCUUUUUUUUUGUAUUAUCAUUUAGACGUUUCUGUGCAGGGAUAAUCAAUUGUUCAACAAGUCCACAGUGUCAUUUCCAAUCGAUUCCUCCUCUGCAGCGCACAGUAGGCUGCUGGCUGUGUAGCGGAAGACGUUUUCCACUAUCCGGGUGACGUGUUUUCCCCUUAAACGUCACUCUGGCGUGCCUCUAAUUUAUGUCCUCUUUGUGUGCUAUGGGGAUUACUGUGUUUUACUGAGAAUUUUUGAUUUUUUUUUUUCCUCCAUUGAAUAAAAUCAAGUGAUUUACAAAGCUGUGUCUGU